AUGUCCGCUUGGUGCAUUGGCAUCCUUAUCCAUAACGACGCCAUAGCCGAUGUACUCAGUGAUCUCGGCGUUAUACCGGAAGUCGCCGCCUAUCUUCGACAGGUAUCGACCACGAACACCGUCGCCCCCGAUGAUAUUUGUGCGGGCCUCUACGCAGUCGCUCGAAUCGCUCGUUCUAUCAAGCUUUCAAAGGCCUUAUACAAACAGGGAUGCGUAUCUAUGGUGUCGUUCCACUUGACAUCAUCGAAUGACCCCUCAGUUCUUAUGUGGGCUGCUCGCGCAGUAGGCUGCAUGAUGCGGCCAAACAGUGCUGACAUGGCUAAGGUACUCUUAGACGCCGACGUCGCGCGAGGCCUCUCCCGCUUGCCGAGCGUAUUACCGCCGGAAGUUGUCGAACCGCUGGGUUCGUUCGCUUUUGCUAUUCAACGGUUUAGCUGCGCCGAAUGGGGUGGCGGAACCCGCAAGGCACUGGUAGACGCCGGAGUCGUGGAUGCGCUGUUGGCCGCACUGAGAACGGUCGCCGACGAGCCGUACCCGCAGAUACACAUGCAGAUGGCUUUGGCGGUGAGCUUCUUGGGUGACGUAGGAGGGUCCGCCAUCAGGAAGGAGAUUGUCAGUGCGGGCGGUAUCACAAUUUUGAAGCGGGUAGGGGAAAAUGGUAGUGCAGAUGUGUCUAAAGCGUGUUCGAUGGCGGUAACGAGUAUCACGGGUAAUCUGUGGACAAGGAAUGCUGCAUCUGCAAAGACGGCCAUGACACAUAAUUGGAGCGGAGGAUGUCCUGAUUAUCACACUGCUUGUCCUGUUCCUCUCGUCGACACAGAAUCCUCAUACUAG